GUCAUAUGACAGUAACGUUAUCAGAGAAAGUAUUCAUAUCGUGUAAUUGUUUAUCAUAAGGAUCAGAAUGAGUUAAUUGCUGUUAAAUUACAAACACAAUCUUAAUAAAGUUUAUAUCGGAUUUACUAGAUCUACAUGUCAAAAUAGAUACGUUAAAAUGGAUUUAUAUUUAAACAAGGCCAGUGGUUCAUUAUUUAGGACACUGCUAUUUACAUUUACAAUAUGUAGCUCGACAGCACAGUUUGAAAUGGGUAUGCACGAUGUUAAUCUGAAGGAAAUAGCAGCGCCAUUACUCUCAGAUGUCAGAGUCACAAACGAGACUUUCACGUUUGAGAAGAUAAUGAAAAGUCAUUUUGGCAGUGCGCUUAAAGGUCAGACUUUCUUGGACGUUUUAAAACUUGUGAAAAGUAAGUUUAAAGUGUCUGCUAACUGUAGAUCCGACACAGAUUUAAUGAAAAAUGACACAGAUUUAUUUAUAAAGUACGCAGACUCGGCUUCUAAGAUUCCCUUUGGAAUUCUUCAAGGAAAAUUCAGCUGGGUUGGUGACUAUCAGGAAUGUCAUGCGAUCGAUUCGGUGUCAAACCCUUCGACUGGUAAAUCUUUCAAAGGGAAAUAUUUUUCAGCUGUUUUAUUGUUAAAUGGUAAGCCAAUAUUUGGUGCAAGCACAGUUGUGCUUGGUGUGUGUAUGCCGGACUCUUGCGGUGGCGAUGAGGUUAAAUCAAUUCUGAAUGAAGUUCUUUACCUGAUAAAAAUCGAAGCAAUGACAUUUUUCCCUGACCUUGCAAAAGAGAAUCUAUUCGUUUAUGAAGUGUUCCCUGAAAUUAGUAAACCGCUUGACAAAGGUGCUAUAGCCGUGAUAGUUAUUUUCAGUAUAUUGUGCGCAAUAGUGUUGAUUUCGACCGUUGUCGACUAUGGAUACUCAUUCACAGUGAACAAGGAGGUCACAAUCAUACACCCAAGAUAUGAUGUCGCUUUUGAAGAUUCAACGGACCGAACAGAGCUGCUUUCAAAUGUUCAAAUUCAAGAAAACCAGUGCAGUGGAUUUAAACACAAAUUUUUAAAUAUCUGCCGUGUUUUUUCAUUUGUUACAAAUGGGAAGAAAUUAUUAGGGACAGAAACAGCGGUGGGUCCCCUUGCUUCUCUGAAUGGUAUCCGGGUUCUCAGUAUGUGGUGGGUUAUUCUGGGUCAUACUUAUUUCUUUGCCGUUUUUAACAUUGACAACGUUUUGGAGGCAUCGAAACUAACGCAAAGGUUUAGUUUCCAGCCAAUCGUGAACGGGACAUUUUCUGUUGAUAGCUUCUUUUUUCUCAGCGGCUUACUGGUAGCAUAUUUAAGUUUUAAACAGAUUAAGGAGAAGGGAACAUUAAAUUGGCCUUACUACUUUUUGCAUCGUUAUUGGCGACUUACACCACUUUACCUCUCAAUUAUUCUUUAUUACGCGUUUAUAUCACCGUAUACAAUAACUGGUCCAAACAGUUAUACCGUGUAUCAACAGGCGUCGCAGAAUAGCUAUGAGGUAUGCAAGAAGUACUGGUGGACAAAUCUUUUAUACAUAAAUAAUUUUUAUCCGAAUUAUGGGAAUAUACAAACAACGUGCAUAGGCUGGAGUUGGUAUCUUGCUAAUGAUAUGCAGUUUUAUUUGUUUCUUGGCCCAAUCUUCAUUAUUUCAUUUGGAUUGCGUGGGAAACUAAAAUAUAUUGGUUUUGCAUUCAUUGCAGCUAUCUUCUUAGCCGGCGUUGUUGUUAGGGGAAUUCUUGUUUGGUAUUUUGGAAUAUAUUCUUUGGCCGGACAGGCUACCAAACACAUUGACAAUCCCUGGAGUCAAAAUAAUCCAAUCUAUGAUAAACCUUAUGCCCGAUGGUCAGUAUAUCUGAUAGGUAUGGUAACAGGUUACGUCCUCGCAUCCACCAAUAAUAAGAUAAGAUUGAAAAAGGGUGUAGUAGCUAUUGGCUGGUGUGUUGCUAUAGCAACAGGUACUGCUGUAGUUUACGGUAUGUACCACUAUAACCACACAGCUGGUACCCACAUGACACUUCUCCAGAGUGUAUGUUACAUUGCUUUGAGCAGACCUGCAUGGGGCUUGUGCCUUUGCUGGGUUGUUUUAGCGUGUGUGUCCGGUAAUGGUGGUCCUGUAAGUGACAUUUUGUCAUGGAAAAUAUGGGCUCCACUCGGGCGCCUGACAUACGCGGCAUACCUUGUACAUCCGCUUAUCAUGAUGACUUACAAUUUUAGUGCCCUUCAACCUUUACACUUUUCAGAUCUGUUCAUGAUUUAUCUAUUUAUUGCGAAUCUCGUCGUGUCUUAUAUUGUUGCAUUUAUUGUAUCAAUGCUUAUCGAAGCGCCGAUGAUCCAAUUAGAAAAGCUGUUACUUGCUCCUUUGAGUACAUUUGGUAGGAGGUUUGUUAUUGGCCCAUUGUGUCGUCUUGGCUCGAGAUUGAAAGCCAUGGUACCAGUUAGGACCAGAAACAUGUAGUAGAUAAACGACUGUUGUAUUAAAAAAACUAUGUUCAUAAACAAUAAGCAUAGUCAUACCAUCGGAUUCUAUCGUCUGGUUGUCGAAAUCCGCCAUCUUUUUAAUGGCGGAAGGGGAAGUGGGGGAAGGCGGGGUUAUUCCUGGGGUGAGGAUCUUUGUUAGAAUAGAAUGUUGCAUAACAUUUGUAAAAACACCUUUAUUUCACAGAUUUUCGUUGAUGACAUUUGUAUUAUUUCUUCCGGUGAUAAGAUACAUUAUAUAUUAUGAGAUAUGUUAUAUUAGAGCCGUGUCAUGACAAAACCAACAUAAUGGGUUUGCGACCAGCAUGGAUCCAGACCAGCCUGCGCAUUCGCGCAGUCUGAUCAGGAUCCAUGCUGUUCGCUAUCAGUUUCACUACUUGUUAUAGGGUUUGUAAGCGAACAGCAUGGAUCCUGAUCAGACUGCGCGGAUGCGCAGGCUGGUCUGGAUCAAUGCUGGUCGCAAACCCAUUAUGUUGGUUUUGUCAUGACACGACUCAUUUAAUUUCUAUACAUAAGUCUUGUAUACAUGUAAUAACUUCAUUUUUGUAAAAAAAAAUGCUUCUUUUUAAAGUGAAAAUAAUGUUUAAAAAAAUAAGUGACUUUUGUGUCCAUUUUGUGACUAAAAUGACAAUAUUUCCGAACGAUGCUUAUAUUGAAUGAUCUGAUAGUUUCCCUUUGUUUUGUAGAUGUGACGUUUUUCUUCAUUGUUUGCUGAUCAUACCAUACUGUAUAGAAUUUGUUUGUUUUUGUGUUAUGUUUUUUUGUUGUUUUUUGUUUUUGUUUUUUGUUUUUGUAAAAAAAUACAGUUUCUUUUCUUUCUUAUACCUACAUCUAACAAACGUGCUAGCUAAGUAAUUAAAUGUUAAAUUAUAAAAAUAUAUAUCUGAACUGGAAAAAAAUCUAAGAAAAAAUAUUUAUAAUAUUUAUUUUUUUAAGAAUUCAUGCAGCUUUGAGAUAAAUUAAGAUAUACAUUUGUAAAACACUUUUAUGUCAAUUUAAAAUGAAUUUUGAGAGCAUAUUGUUCCUUGAUAAAGGAUCAAGGGGUAACGUUUUUAUAGGUUCUCUGUAAAUGGUUACCCCCUGUAGAAUAUUUUGUCUCUUUUAUCAUUAUAAAAGAAAAAUUGCACCGAAGACAACGGUAAUUUCAGUAAAUAUAACUUUUAGUAAACUUAAAGAUAUUUGUAAAUUUUAUAUCAUUGGAAAACUCAUUUAAAUGUACAAGAAAAGCAUUUGGUAUAAGAAAAUUACGGUUAUUAAGUGACAUUAUGUUCAUUUAUUCGUUGUCAAGUUCAGAUUUAUUGGUUACAUAUUUCUAAAGAUUGAUUGUUUAUGUGGUGAUUGAUUUGAAAAUGUUUUGUAUAAAGUAAAAAUGUGAUUUAAAA